CACCCAUUUCUUUUUAGAUUCUAACCACAAAAUCGCAAAAACUAACCCUAUCCCAAAAGCAAAAAUUUAAAAUUUAAACAUUCGUUAAACCUGGGCAAAAUCAAAACACGAAUUUUUAAUUUAAGGUACAAAAACCUUGGACAUUCACAAAUGGGGUGAUUCUUUGACACACUAACACCAUUUUUUUUUGUUGACGUUGUGUGUUUACAAAGUUCACAAUGCCCAACACUGAUACUUUAUUAUCGGAAAAAUGCGGCGCCUUGGGAAGGACGAUAAUUUAUCAAAAGAAUUCAGUUACCAACAAAGUAAUUAGGUUGAAUACGUCCAAUUCGUUAGCCACAUCUGUUGUCGAUAGAGUUAAGGACCUAGCUCGAGACGUCUUUCUUCCUCACGGUUAUCCCGAUAGUGUCAGCGGCGACUACUUGGAAUACCAAGUGUGGGAUACAAUUCAGGCAUUUUGCAGUACAAUUACAGGAACAUUUACAACUCAAGCGAUUCUAAAGAGUGUCGGAGUGGGCGAUGCGGAAGCGACUCCAUUUGCAGCCGCAUUAACGUGGGUUAUGAAAGAUGGUACUGGAAUGCUGGGUCGGAUUGUAUUCGCAUGGUGGAAAGGAAACAGUCUAGAUGCUGAUUGUAAAAAGUGGAGGCUAUGCGCAGACAUUUUAAAUGAUGGCGCUAUGUUCUUAGAACUAUUAGCUCCAUAUGUCGGUCACUUUUCUCUUCAGAUUUUGUGUGUUACGACCUCGAUGAAGGCUGUUGUUGGUGUUGCUGGAGGUGCAACAAGGGCGUCAAUAACGCAACAUCAAGCAAUUCAAGGUAACAUGGCUGAUGUGUCUGCGAAGGAUGGCAGUCAGGAGACAUGUGUUAACCUGAUUGCAAGCAUUGUAGGCAUUUUCCUACUUGCAGUCGUUACUGACUGGCGAUGGGAGUGGAUUGUGUUCUUUCUGUUUGUCGGAGUUCACCUGGUGGCGAAUUAUUUCGCAGUAUGCUCGCUUAAUUUGCCACAUUUAAACACAGCUCGUUUAAAUCACGUCUUAAACACAUACUUGCAUUAUGACACAGUGCCACAACCUACAAUAGUCAACAAGAAUGAGUCUGUCAUCAUCGGUUUCGGACCAGCCAUUUCAGAUUUAUGUGGAUUUAAAAUAAAAUUAGGGCAAUCUGUUAAGAGAUUGCCUGCGACUGUAACAGCUUUUGAAUUGUCUUUCUUAGUAGAUAUGUAUAAGAACUCAAAGUAUUUAGUUGUACCUGAUGUUAAAAGCCGAAUUAUGUAUGUUAUUUUAGAAAAAGGCGAAAGUGUAGAGGAUGCUAUUGGUGCAUACUUUCACACGGUCCUUUUAGGGAUUGCCACUUGUUAUUAUAACCAGGAGAACUCUAAUGUCUAUGCCAAUAGGCAUUUGAACCAUACGACGUCCGUGACUCGACUCCACACUGCCUUAAAAUCGCACCAAAAAAUUGUCGUUCAUAAGAAUGAGAAGCUUCCAAUAGAUGCCUUGAAAACAUUUUUCACUUUUGCACAACAGGAAGUGGCCAUGUUCUUUGUGGCACUUCGAACAAAUGGUUGGAAUUUAAAUACUCAUUCUAUUGAAAUUGGAGGAUGGAGAGGACAGUGGAAGGAUUUACUAACACGGUCGCCUGUACACCAUCCACCCUUUGGUCGGCAAAAAACUGAAUAAUACAAAUUUAUGAGCACUUGUUAUCGGUUGAAGGGAGAUUUGAUAAAUAUUGUUGAUUUUUAAUAAGAAUUGUAUAUUGUUUAUAUUUGUUCUUUAAGAUAUAAUUAUUUUUUUCACAUUUCAAA